AUGAGGAAAGACAGAUGUGUGGACCUCACAUCUGCAAACUGGACUGCACUACACACUGGCAACCUGACGGGAAACACGACCUCUGGAAAUCUCACCAAGUCUUCAGUCUCUGAGUUCUGGGAGAGAGGAGUGUUGUCCAUGUCCGGGGGAAUAGACGAGGUUGGCACAGUGAAAUGGGAGCUGCUGUUGUGUCUCCUGGCCUGCUGGGUGGCCUGUUACUUCUGCAUUUGGAAAGGUGUUCGCUCCACAGGAAAGGUGGUGUAUGUCACGGCAGUGUUCCCCUAUGUAAUGUUGGUCAUUCUGCUGGUCAGGGGGUUGACACUGCCAGGGGCCUGGCAGGGUGUGGUCUAUUACCUUUAUCCAGAACCUUCUCGUCUGGCAGACCUUCAGGUGUGGAUGGAAGCCUGUAUUCAAGUCCUCUUCUCCUAUGGUGUUGCAUCAGGAACCUUAAUCACCCUGGGCAGCUACAACAAAGUUGAUAACAACUGUUACAGGUACACCAUACAGUAUGCUGCAUGUCAUUCCCCAACCCUUACUCCCUGUCUCCACAUUCCCUAUGUAUAUCCACUGUUGCUAUCAAAGAAAGGACCUGGACUGGCAUUCAUUGCAUUUCCACAAUCUGUGGCUAUGAUGCCCCUGCCUCAGUUGUGGGCUGUCUGCUUCUUCAUCAUGCUCAUUAUGUUGGGGCUGGACACAGUGUUUGCAGGUUUGGAAACAAUAACAUCUUCAGUGAUUGACAUGUUCCCAGGAACGAUGCGCAGACCCUGGCGUAGAGAAAUCUUCAUCCUCCUCUUUUGCUCUAUCUGCUUCAUCAUUCAGAUCCCUCUCACUACUCAGGGAGGAAUCUAUCUAUUCCAGUUGGUUGAUUACUAUGGUGCGAAUGGAGCAUGUAUAUUAUUUGUGUCUCUGGUCCAGUGUGUGGCUGUUGGGUGGGCCUUUG